CCGUGUUGGUGGCGUUGCUAGCCUGUUGGCUUCCAAACAUUGACGUUAACUUGCUAAUUAUAACAACACACGUUACGCUACCUGGUAGUUUCUGGUAGAAAAUGGCUUUUGUUUCACACAGCCAGAGAGAUCCAAACGGGAAUUACAUCUUCUCAAGUCGCCCCCGACCCGUAGAGAACCGAUCCAAAUACAGAGAGCCUCCGUCUGAACAGACACACAGUACUUAUGGAAACAUUAUGUAUGACCGUCGUGUUGUCAGAGGAAACACUUAUGCCCAACACAUCAUACCAACUACGGCUCAGCCAGACCCUGUUGAAGUACAAAGACAACAGGAGAUCAGGAGGAGAGCCGCUGCUCGUAAACAAGCCAGGGAACAGUUAAGAACCAGGACGCCGGAGGCCCUGCAGGGCAGAAAACACAUCGAUAUACAAACAGAGCAUUAUCUCGAAGAAUUGAGUGACGUUAUAGUGGCUAAAGAUAUCGAGUGCCAGACUGAUGCUUUCCUGGACAAACCAGCAACCCCACUCUUCAUACCUGCCAAAUCUGGGAAAGAUGUUGAAACCCAGAUAGAGGAGGGAGAGUUGUUUGAUUUCGACAGGGAGGUGCAACCAGUGUUGGAGGUCCUGGUCGGUAAGACAAUAGAACAGUCUCUAUUGGAGGUGAUGGAGGAUGAGGAGCUGGCCUGUCUGAGGGCCCAGCAGAGGGCCUUCGAAGAGCUCCGUAAUAAUGAGCUGGCAGAGGUGAUGAGGCUUCAGGAGCAGGAGAGACGCCACAGUGAGGAGAAAGAGCGUAGAAUUGCCCAGCAGAAGGAGGUGCUGAAGAAAGAAAAAGAGAUUGCAGAGAAGAUUGCUUCCCGGGCGUACACACAGCAGUACUUGUCUGACCUCCUACCUGCAGUCUUUACCUCACUGAGAAGCCACGGCUACUUUUACGACCCUGUGGAGAAAGAUAUUGAGACUAAUUUCAUCCCAUGGCUGAUGGCUGAAGUUAACAACAGUUUGGAGAAGAGAAACACAGCAAGACAUCUGCUGGACAAUAUCAUCCAUGAGGCCGUCCAGAAGAGAAUGGAGAUGUUCAAAGAGACACAGUAAUAAUGAUGCACUAAGCGAGGUCAAGGGCACGAAUGCAUUCUCAAAAAUAAA